GAUUCUUCCCCUCACCACCGUCAAAGCAGCAUUGAGGCCGGCUUCAGAAGCUCUCGACAUGGCUUCGUCCGGUCGGUCCUCGCGCUGGGACGAGCUCCCAGAUGAGAUUGCGCUCCAGAUCCUUAGCUAUCUCGACCCCUUGCACAUCACCAGGCUGCAGCUGGUCUCGCGAAAGCUGCAGAAGCUCUGCCUCGACGACGAACUGUGGAAACGCCGCUGCUUCGAAGAGUCGCCCUGGUACCAAUACCUAAAGAAUCGUCGUCGAUUGUCCAGCGAAUUCGAAGGCGAACAUCGAGAUGGAGCGGCGUUGGCGAGCCCCGAGGCCAAUGGCAACACCAGCGGCGACGGCAACAAGACCGCUCGAGAGGUAGGGAAGGGCAGGGCGGAGCCGGGUAAGACGCGGCGGAGGUAUCAGCGAUGGCAGGAGAUCCAGGACAUGGCCAACUGGGACCCGACGUUUCCCAACGAGCGUGUCUCUUGGUACAGCGAGUACAUCCAACGCAAUGGACCGACUUGCGUCAACUGGCUGCAGACGCCUCGAAUCCGCGACCGAGGCUACGAGGCCAUGAUGGAGGCUCGGGGACUGGAGCUCUAUUAUCCAUACGACGGAAACGAUGGCACAGGCGCUAUGCUUGCGGUGUCGCCGCUCGACGAUGGCUCGGUAUGCCUCUGGGACGUCAAAGGAACACGAGGCAAGGCCGGAUCCCUUCUCGCCACCAGCAAAUCUGACGUCCUCUUCAUCGAUGGCCCGGGCAGCCAAAACACUCGACGCUCUAAGAGGGUUGACACGGGGGUUACAGAAUGCGUCAGCGUUGACAACCAAAGGCAUCGUGCAUAUUUUGCUGUGCAAAGCCACUUGAUCGAAAUCGACCUCGAACGGCUGGAAGUCGUGAGCCGCGAAUCCUUCGAAUGGUCCAUCACAGCCCUCUCAAAGAUCCAGAACGACGUUCCUCUGACGGUGGGAACGUCUCUGGGAAUCCAUCUACACGACUUUCGUGCAAAAAACCGAGCGACACAUACGGCCGUCGAGCGAGUGGAUCAAAAUGACAUUUUCAAAUCCAUCUUUGACCCGACACCGCUGCUCCCGUACGCGUCUCUGUCACAGCCGACCCCUGUCAGCAUCAUACAUCUGCCUCUACGGGGAUCUCCGGAUCUGGUGUCGAAUGACAUCUACGUGGCUGGCCGAUUCUCCAACAUCCUGCACUACGAUCGACGCAAGUUCCCCGUCAUUAUGGAUUCAAUCUAUUCGGGGGCUACGAUCAACAGCUUGGCGGCGAUGCCUCACCCGUUCUCGUCACUUGACAGCGAAGUGCGGCGGCACGGAGAGCUGAGCACGGAGCAGGUCGUCCGGUCCAAGGCAUCCGGCGAGGGCUGGACACUCAUCGCAGGGGGGACAUACAAGUCUAAGGGUUCCCUGGAGAUCUUCGGCCUCAGCCAGACCGCUGCGGACCCGGUCGGACGCGAGAUGAUGCAGACUUCCACCAUGAAGAACAGGCAAACUGCAGCGUCAGCCGCGAUCCUCUCGGUGGCCAAUCACGGCACCAAGAUUGUCUUCUCCGAUGGAGCUGGCUCCAUCAAGUGGUUUGAGAGGGACGGCUUGACCGAAUGUCGCCGGCUGAGGAUUGGCCACUGUGAGGGAGACGACGCCCCAUCGCUCUUCGCCUCCAUGAGCGCGGCAGGCGAGCUGGCACGGAAAAUCGUGUCCACCAAGUCGAGGGAGGGUCCGGAUCGGCCCAAUGACGAUAACAUCUUGUUCUGGACAGGCGAGAGGCUGGGGCUCGUCAGCUUCACUCCGACGCCGCUCUAUCAGUCCAAGGACUUUGAGGAGGACGAGCCUGAUCCUGCUGCAGAGGCAGAGGAAGAAGAGAGGAGGCGAGUUGCAGAACGGAUGCGCGAGGCUCUGGAGCGACAGGCGGACGAGGUUCGUUUCAUGCAGACGUUUGGACACGGAGUGCUCGGCGAAUAACAGUCCAGACCGUCGUUGAGCAUGAAGUCUACUGCAGCGCUACUCCCGUACA